AUGGGUAUAAGAGACGUAGUUUUUGAAAAGGGAGCUGAAGUCGUACAAAAUAUCUUUGGAAUAGGAGAUGAAACCAACAAUAGUAAUCCAAAUAAUAGAGAUGCUUCUUCCAACAGACAAGAUGCUCGUGAUCAACAAACCAUUGAAAGAAUCAAAGAAUCAGAAAAUACCCAAAUAGAGGAAUGUUAUCGUGACUCAACCUCAAAUGAUGGUGUAUUGGUUGAUGAUAGCAAUAAUAAUGGACAAUCAUAUGAUACAACACAGGGUGGAAAAUAUUGUCAAGAUAAUUAA